AUGUCAAAAGUAUCAACGCCUGGAUCUGUGAAAGGAGUUGUUCCUUAUUCACGUAAGGAUGACGAUCCUAAGGUUAAGGCGUCGUAUACUAUGCCCAAAGAGAUAGUAGAAAAGAUAGAUAAAGAAGCACAGUCUUCAGAGUCUUUGGAUGUGCUACAACAGCGAAUUAAAGAACGAAAGUUGGAAUCAUCUGAGAAUGACUAUAAGAAGAGAAAAUAUGAGCUGUUUAAAGAAGCUACUGAGAAUAAGACGUAUAGUCAAACUGUGAAGAAGAGGAAAGAAGAGAAGGAAGCUGAGGAUGAGUUCAUUGAAACACAAGGUAACGCUACACCCCCUCGUGAUAAGACACCGCCAAGACGGGAGAGAAAGAAAAGAUGGGAUGUUCGACCUGAGGAUUCCGGGAAGCUGAAUAGUGCUGCUGUAGGGAGACCUUCACGGUGGGAGACAGAUGAAAAGGAGAAGGAAGAAGACGAUAAAAAGGCUUUAAUUCUUGGCAAGGUUCCUGUUGUCGAUGGAAUUGAGUUGAAUGACCAAAACUUGACACUUUUACUUCCUCCUGGAUUCAAAAAAGUGCCGGUGCCGUCUGAAUACACUCCUUCGUCGCUGGACAUGCCCGAUUUCUCGUCUUUCAACCCUCAAACCAACGUAGCCGGAUAUAUGAUUCCUGAAGUGAGUAGCUACAAAGAUGUUCAGACGCAGAUGGCCGUGAACCCUCAACUUAUACACGAAGUUCCCGGAAUUAAAGAUUUGAAGUACUUCAAAGAUUCGGACAUGGCAGUUUUCCACAAGCUUAUAAGCACACGGGAUAUCCCGGAUUCACAAUUGUCUGUUCUUGACAAGAAGGAGAGAAACUGUAUGAAAAUGAUUCUCAACGUGAAGAAUGGAUCUAGUCAGUCUAGAAGAGUUGCCAUGAGACAACUCACCGAGAAUGCUAGCAGUUUUGGACCAGAGAUUCUGUUCGACAUUCUUCUACCUUUGCUAAUGACUAAGACUUUAGAAGAACAGGAGAGGCAUCUUUUGGUGAAGAUGGUGGGCCGCGUGUUGUUUGUCCUUGAUGACUUGGUGAAACCUUACUCGAAGAAGAUUCUUGUAGUGAUGAUGCCACUGCUUAUGGAUGAGAACUUGUAUAGUAAACUUGAAGGACGCGAAGUGAUCUCGAACUUAUCUAAAGCCGUUGGACUAGCACAUAUGAUAUUUACCUUGAGACCUGAUAUAGACCAUCCAGAUGAUUACAUGAGGAAUUUGGUUUCACGUACGUUUGCUGUGGUGACUUCUUCUUUGGGCGUUAAGUCUGUGCUUCCAUUUCUCAAAGCGGUUUGUAAUUCCAAGAAGAGUUGGUUGGCACGACACACUGGUGUUCGAAUAGUUUCUCAGAUAGCAUUGUUGAUGGGUCCUACAAUUCUACCAUAUUUGAACCAACUUGUUAGAUGUGUGUUACGGAAUAUCGAUGACGAUAACCUGUCCGUGAGAACCAUGGCUGCCAACACCAUAAGUGUCUUGGCAGAAGCCUCUAAGCCUUAUGGAUUUGAAUCAUUAGAACCUGCCAUUGAACCUCUUUGGAAAGGUUUGAAGCAGAAUAGAGGUCGGAAUUUGGCCGCGUUCUUAAGAGCAUUGGGAUCAUUGAUACCAUUGAUGGAUGAGGAGUACGCAAAUUACUACGCCAGAGAAGUGUUUAGAGUGAUUUCCAGAGAAUUUGACUCUCCCGAUGACCGAAUGAAGAUCGCCAUUUUGAAGAUCAUUGAGGAGUGUUGCUCUCUAGAGACGAUAGACAAGAAAUUGGUACUAGAGGGUGAUUUUUUGGAUGAUUUCUUUAGUAGCUUCUGGACUAGACGUGCUGCUAUGGAUAGGAGAAUUUCGAGUAUAUGUGUAGAUGCCUGUUAUGCUAUUUCUUUAAAGGCAGGGAGCGGUGACAUAGUGGGAAGAGCACUAGUAUCUUUGAAGGACGAAUCUGAAUCUUUUAGAAGGAUGGCUAUCUGUACCGUGGAUCGUAUUGUGAGUGCCCAAGGAAGUUUUGAGCUUGAUGAUAGAGCUGUCAAUAGAUUAUUGGAUGGGUUGCUUUACUCGUUACAGAAUCAAUCCGAGGGUGCCGACAAGGUAGUCCUCAAGGGAUUCGGUGAUGUUUUAAAUAGCCUUGGUAUGCGAGCCAAGCCUCACUUAAUGCCGAUUGUGAGUGCUCUUCUCUACCGGCUGAAGAACAAGGAUGAAAGUAUUCGAGAACAGGCAGCAGAUAUGAUUUCGAAAGUGGCUCCUGUGUUGAAGGUGUGUGGAGAAGAUGAGAUGUUGAUUCGGUUGGGUACAAUUCUUUACGAAUCUCUUGGAGAGGUUUACCCAGAUGUUCUAGGAUCGAUUCUUGGAGCAUUGAGAUCUGUUAUCUCCAGUCUAAACAGUUUGGACUUAUUGAAUCCACCUAUUUCACAGAUAUUGGCUACUUUGACUCCAAUUCUCAGAAAUCGGCAUGAGAAGGUACAGGAAACAACAAUAAAUCUUAUUGGAGAUAUUGCUGAACGUGCCAAGGAUUACAUUAAUCAUCGGGAAUGGAUGAGAAUUUCGUUUGAGAUGUUGGAGAUGCUCAAAUCAUCGAGAAAACAGAUUCGUAUUUCUGCCAACAAAACGUUUGGACUUAUUGCCAUGAACAUAGGACCUUCGGAUGUGCUAGUGACACUUUUAAAUAACUUGAGAGUUCAGGAGAGGCAAUUAAGAGUGUGUACUGCCGUUGCUAUAGGUAUUGUUGCCGAGACAUGCCUUCCGUACACGGUGCUCCCGGCUAUGAUGAACGAGUAUCGAUAUCCUGACAAAAAUGUUCAGAAUGGUAUUCUCAAGGCUCUUUCGUUUAUGUAUGAAUACAUAGGAGGUCUCGGAAGUGACUACAUCUAUGCAAUUACUCCGUUACUGAUAGAUGCAUUCGGCGACAGAGAUAUAAUCCACCGUCAGACAGCGUCCACCGUGGUUAAACAUAUGGCAUUGGGAAGUAUCGGACAAGGGUAUGAAGAUGCCUUCAUGAAUUUCUUGAACUAUUUGUGGCCCAAUGUGCUGGAUACCUCACCGCAUUUGAUCACGAGGGUGAUCGAUGCUGUGGAUAGUUUGAGAAUGGUGUUAGGAUGCGGAGUGUUGAUGAACUACGUUUUGGCCGGGUUGUUCCAUCCAGCUCGAAGAGUCAGAGCUGCAUAUUGGAGGAUCUACAAUACAAUGUAUGUGAAUGCAGCCGAUAGUAUGGUUCCAUAUUAUCCGAGAUUUGAGGCUGUGGGAGUGGAAAUACAGGCGAAAGAGGCUGAGAUUGAUUUGAAUCCGAGGGAUUUGGGGGUGUCCGAGUUGGACAUAUGGGUGUAG